ACACAGAGGUACAAUCUUAUGUCUUGCACUGUCCGGCAAUAUCCUAGCUUCAGGAUCAAGAGACAAAAGCGUCAAAGGUAACGAUAUUUCUCUAACGAUUUUCCGCUGACCAUUCUAUUCAUGGUUUGCAAUUGGUGUCAUGGCAGCCAAGUUGAAGCAAAACUAACAAAAGAGUCUCAUUAACGGUUAUUGUUAUAUAGCUAGGGUGAACACCAAACGUGAUUGGCUGAUUUGUGGUCACGUGACUUCAGAUAAAUGCUAUGUAUAUCCCGCCGGGCAACAAGUGAAAAAUUGUUGCCCGGCCGGCCGGCUACGUACAUAGACAAACAAAAUGGCGGCACAACUAGCAUAAUUGGAAACCACGAUUUUCCAAGUUUGUGUUCAAAUAAAGAAUGUGGAUAUGCUGCUGAAACCGUUUAAGUAGGUUCUUUUAAUUUUGAACUCGUUUACACUUUUGAGUUUUUGUCACGAAAUACAAUUGUUGUAUAAUGUUGUUGAAUGUCGAUUUUUGUUUUUCGCUAUAAUACAAAACGCUUAAUGUCUGCUCCCGAGGGAAAUAGUUUGUUUUGUUUUCCCGAGAGUCUCAAUGUUUGUCGAGGGAAACAUUGAGAUUCGAGGGAAAACAAAAUUGGUGUGUGUUUUCCUCCAACAUGGCUUUUGUCUUGUAAAUCUCAUUAAAUUUAUUGCAAACCAUCAAUAUGCAUUGCAUUUCUUGAGUGAAAAAUUCUGUUUCCUACAUUUUGUCGUUUUAUUUAGUAUGGAAUUUUGAAACGGGAAAAUGUCGGCGAACAUUUCGUCAUCGUCACGUUGUCCUCAGUGUUGAUGUGUCUGAUGAUCUUGUGGUCAGCGGUUGUGAAGGAUGGAAAGUGAAAGUUUGGGAUAUUGAAUCAGCAACGCUUGUUAAG